UCUCAUUAUCAUCAUCUUCCCUCUAAAUAAUAAUCUUUCUUCUCCCACCAUUUUCCCGACCAAUUUUUCUCUCUCCUAUUUCAGAAAACCACCCCUUCUUCUUCACCUUAUUAUAUACACAUAUAUUUUUAUAUUUAUGGACCGUCUUUUCUAUAUAUAAUCUUUCCCUCCUUUUUUUUCCUACUUUUUAGCUUUGUGUUAUGUUCAUGUACAUCAUCAUCUGAUAAAAAAAUUUCCUUGCAAAACAAAAAAAAUGGCGUACCAUCACAACCAACACUUGUUACAAGCGGAAAUGGCGGCACAAUUCGCCGGAGAUCAAACGACGUCGUCAAACCAACAACAACAACAACAACUACAGCACCACCAGCCGAGCUGGUUAACCUCGGCUUUACUCGGCUCAUCAGCCGGCGCCGGUGGAGCUAGCAACUUCUUGAACCUACACUCAGUCGAUGACUCAGCUGCGAUGUCGGCGAUUCCUUCGCAACAUGGAAAGUUGACUCACAAUGAGGAUUCCGGUAAGCCGGAGAUCGGCGACGGUGAAGUUUCAGUUGGUGGCGGAAAUAGCGGUGGAGGAGGAGGAGAGAGAGAAGGAGAGCAACAACAACAACAGGUGAAUUGGCAGAAUGCGAAGUUUAAGGCGGAGAUAUUAGGUCAUCCAUUGUACGAACAGUUGUUGUCGGCGCAUGUUGCGUGUUUAAGGAUCGCAACUCCGGUGGAUCAGUUGCCGAGAAUUGAGGCGCAACUUACGCAGUCGCAGAAUGUGGUAGCCAAGUAUUCUGCGCUUGGAAAUGGUCAUGCUAUGGUUGGUGAUGAUAAAGAGUUGGACCAAUUUAUGACACAUUAUGUUCUGUUGCUGUGUUCCUUUAAAGAACAACUACAACAACAUGUUCGUGUCCAUGCAAUGGAAGCUGUGAUGGCAUGCUGGGAAAUUGAACAAUCUCUUCAAAGCUUGACAGGAGUUUCUCCUGGUGAAGGCACAGGGGCAACUAUGUCUGAUGACGAAGAUGAUCCCAUAGACAGUGAUAGUAACUUGUUCGAUGGAGGGUUGGAUGGUCCAGAUACCAUGGGAUUUGGACCUCUCAUCCCAACAGAGAGUGAAAGGUCACUUAUGGAGCGUGUGAGGCAAGAGUUGAAGCAUGAGCUAAAACAGGGAUACAAGGACAAAAUCGUGGACAUAAGAGAAGAAAUCUUGCGCAAAAGAAGAGCAGGAAAACUACCUGGAGACACAACCUCCGUCUUAAAGGCGUGGUGGCAGUCACAUUCUAAGUGGCCAUACCCAACAGAGGAGGACAAGGCAAGGUUGGUGCAGGAGACAGGCCUGCAGCUAAAGCAGAUCAACAAUUGGUUCAUCAAUCAGAGGAAGCGGAACUGGCAUAGUAACCCUUCAAGUUCUACUGCAUUAAAGAGUAAACGCAAAAGGUAAAACAGUGGAUAUAGUUUCGUGUAGAUGAAGAACAAAGCUGGAAAUCAUCUGAAUUUUGUGCCUUUUAACAUGAUUCUAUGAUGUCGUGGGACAUUGAAGGACUUAGCAGUGGCAAACAAUUCCAUCAAUGCCACAUGAAGGUGUAUAUGGGCAUAUAGGGUGAAUGGUCUUUCUUAUAUAUCAAAUCAUCCACAGGGUGCUGUCGUAUCAGUAGGAAGAUUUGCUGAAUGAUAGGAAUGAAAAUAUAUAAUAUAUAUAUAUCAGAUGAAGUGCAGUAAGAAACUAAGAAUCACCAAUCUUUGGCGAUUCUAUAUUUUUGUAACCUUUUAUAUAUAGUAUUUGAAUCAAAAACACUUGUGAGGGUGUGGAUGUACAGAUUAAGCAGUUUAUUGUUCAGUUUACUACAUAUAGUUGAGUUAUGGAACAAAAGAUUACUACAUUGUCUACAUAUAUCUUCAUAUGAUAUAUUGUAGUAUGAAGUUGUAGCAACCCAGAUUUCGAAUGCUAUCUCUUGAAAGCAUCACCUGUAAUUAAAGAUUUUCUUAUCUUUGA